AUGCAGCUGGUCUUCAGUGCACUCCUCGGUGGCCAUUACCUUCUUGCUUCCAGCGUCAUUGAAGACAUCAGUCUGUUCGAAGAGCGAGAGAUCUCCGCUUACCUGGGAAUCAUCUACAAAUCAAUCGAAGACUACAUCUCUACAAAUCAACAUACUACUAGUCUGUGGAUCUUCACCGCCAUCAUCGGAGUUCUGCUCGGACUGCUCCUAUUUGGGUGGUGCUUACUCUUUAUUUAUUACAAUACUUGUGGAAGAAAACUACCCAACGCUAUGCUUGACAAGAACUACGAUUUAAAGGAUGCUUACACACGAAUGACUUUUUUGGCUGACCAGGCAAUGUCAAAGGCUGUCGAUAUGAGAGAGAUUCAGGCAGCCACCGUGAAUCCUGGCAACAAACCGGACGAAGAAGGGUGGAAUGAGCCGAGAGGUGAACUUCUAUUCCUUCUGCCGGUCAAGCAGUUCUUGCUGAAAGAGCGGGAGUUUCUCUAUGGUCAUUUCGGGCUGGGAGCCGGAAAACGGUGCAAUGCCACAGAAAAUCUUGAAAUGAAAAAAUCAUGCGCCAGUUGA